AUGCGGCUUGGCCAACGGGACUCGAACUCGGGCCCAAUGUGGACGGAGCAGUUUUCUGCCAAACUCAUGACCGAAGCUCGUUGCGUGGCGAAGUCGCAUAUUGGCGAGUCGAGAAUUAUUGGACCUUUUUCACCACAACCAACCAGGCUUAAACUUAUUUCGGGACCUUUGCGAUUGACCGCAGCCGCCAGAGCCAUGUUGCCAAUCAGUUCAAAUCCCGUUUUGCUCUACGUCAUCACCUCCGGCGCCAUGGUGCCGAAUAUCGAGACAAUUGGGCAUCUGGUCCCGUUGGGAAAAGACGAACGCAACCUGACGACCUGCCUGGCAAGGUGUACCCGACGGCCCAAAGAGCAGGAUAGUCCGUGCAGCGCAGUCAACUACGACACCAGCACCAACAAGUGUUAUGCUUUGCAGACUCCGGUUGAUCCAAAAGAGGUCAUCGCAAAAGGCGAAUGGACCUACGCCUAUCGUGAGUCAGAGCAGGCUGAUCCAAUGCCUCAUGUCGAGGAAGAGAAAUCCGCAGCUUCCCAACUCGGUCCUCAAACAUGA